AUGCGGUCUUGCUUCACACGGUACUUGGAUGCCUUGUUGGAUUGCAUGAUGCCAGAGCAAAGCGGCAUUUUCGCAGGUCCAACCCUUAGACGAUUGAUAUGGCCAGGUGAAACAAUGCCCCAUCAAAAGAAAUCAGAGCUGGUCCCCACAUGUUUAGAGUUGGUCCCCUCAUGUUUUUUUCUUUUGUAUUGGCCUCUUCUAAAUCAAAAGCAUGAGAUUUGUGGCUUCAGAGCCUUUCAGGACACCUGA